AUGUGUCAGAAUGAGGCAAUUGUGCAUGUUUAUAGAAACCGGUGCGUGCAUGACAUGUGCAGGUCGCAGCCAGCACCUUCGACGACAUUGAGCUGGACCUGGAAGUGCAUGCGGCCCGCGCUGCCUGCGAUCAGGACAAUGUCUCGGCUGCGUGCGAUGCCGAGACAAAGACAAGCUCACCAAGAAUCACCAAGCUUAGUGAUCGCUUCUCGGAGUUCCCCGGCAACCCCUUCAGUCCGGGACCGGUCAGAGGGCGCGCUUAGUCCAAAUGUUGUGCACUGGGAGAUGCGACAAAAGAUCAAGCGUCAGCUGCUGUGGUAUCCGGCAAACAUCACCUGUGGACUUCAGAGCAUCGGCUACAGUGAUGGAGAGUGGUUCAGUUUGGCCAUUCGCUCAGCCAAGCUCCGGGGGAACUCGAUGGUCUCCCUUGGCAACGCCAUGAAGAGCUUCUGGGCAGAUUGGAACUGCGCUGUGGGCGUCGAGCCAACCUCGCGAACACAACCUACUGCUGCAUAUGACGGGGCCCUCAAAUCGCUUGAUCUUGUGCAGCUUCUGUGCUGUGGUUACCCUUCCGGCCGCUUGCUUGAUGUGGCAGCUUUGACAAAUGCGGCCCCAGUUGCGGAGGCAGCCACUAUUGGGGAAGCGUCGCUUGAUGCUGUGGACAGCAUUGGCGCUGCCACGGUUAUCGCUGCAGUUGAUUCUAUCGCCUCGACGCUGGCGGGACCUUCCAUGUUGCAUCAGGUGGUGAGGCAUGUCCUCAAGCAUUUCAGGGGUCACAGUCCGUCCACCACUCAGCAAAGCGUGGCUUCAGAUCAUGAAGCCGCGCCAAUAUGUGCCAAUGGAGGACGUGAACGGCAAGCAGAUCCUGCACCUGGACCUGUUCGUGCUGCAAGAGUGCGGUGCCGAGCUGAACUUUACGGUGCCCAUCAUGGAGCCGCCGCAGCGCUUCACUCGUGUUGUCUCCGACAGAUGGAUCACUACACAGAGGAUCCUGCCGGACAAGUACCCGCCCCACACGGAGCUGCUGGACCUGCAGCCGCUGCUGCUGACGGCACUGAGAUGUCGCGACGCCUCUACGCUGUGCAGGGGCUGAAGGUGCCUGCAGCCAGUGAGAGGAUCAUUUGCGCAGAACUUGGAGAUGCUUGA